AUGGAUCCAGCCUCCUGGACUGGGUUGGUGCGGAAGGUGUACACUGCAGCACAGGAAAUUUGCCAGGAACGCGGAGCUCCACAAAUAGACCCACUUCACCUAUUGGCCGCCCUCCUCCAAGAUCCGCAACAGCUCCCUACCCAGGCUCUGCGGAAGGUCGGAGCUGAUCUACCGCUCCUUCAUGAGCAAGUAGAUCUGGAGAUUUCAAAGUUCCCAGCACAAAAACCCCCGCCAGAAUAUAUCGGACCGAAUCAUGCGUGCACAGCUGUGUUUCGUCAGGCGAAAGCCAUUCAGACCGAGAUGAAGGACACUCAUCUGGCGGUUGACCAUUUGCUGUUGGCAGUAUGUGAAAACCGCACAGUUAAGCAUGCUCUCCAGGCAGCUGGUUGCGACUAUAAGAAGUUGAAAGAAGUUUGUAUGAAGAUUCGUGCCGGUGCGCGCGUUACGGGCGAAGGGGCUGAUCAGAACUUUGAUGCCCUGACGAAAUAUGGAAUAGAUUUCACUGACUUAGCGGAGCAGGGAAAGCUGGAUCCCGUGAUUGGCAGGGAUGAAGAGAUCAGAAGGGUUAUUCGCAUUCUCUGCAGGAGAACGAAAAACAACCCUGUCUUAAUUGGCGAGCCGGGUGUAGGGAAGUCUGCAAUUGUGGAGGGGCUGGCCAGACGUGUUGUCGAGGGUGAUGUGCCAUCCUCACUGCGCUGCCGAGUGAUAUCGCUUGACUUGGGAGCUCUGAUUUCUGGAGCGAAGUACCGCGGGGAGUUCGAGGAACGCCUUAAAGCAGUAUUGAUGGAGGUAAAGAAUGCAGAAGGUUCGGUUAUUCUCUUUAUUGAUGAAAUUCAUAUGGUCAUGGGGGCUGGCAAGACAGACGGAGCCAUGGAUGCUGCAAAUCUCUUGAAACCAAUGCUCGCGAGAGGGGAACUUCGCUGCAUCGGGGCAACGACCCUCGAUGAGUACAGAAAACACGUGGAGAAGGAUGCUGCUUUUGAGAGACGCUUUCAGCAGGUGCAUGUUCACGAGCCAUCUGUCUCUGCAACCAUUUCUAUCCUUAGAGGCUUGAAAGAUCGCUAUGCUGCUCACCACGGAGUCCGAAUAUUGGACAGUGCCCUUGUAGAGGCGGCUCAGUUGGCGGUGCAGGUCGAGGCGACUGCCCUGUCGAAGGAAAGCGACGCUGCGUCGCAAGAGCGACUCAACGAGGUCCGACACGAAAUCGCAAUGCACAGGGAGACACUAAAACCACUCCAGCUGCAGUAUACCCGCGAAAAGGCUACUCUCGAUGAGUUGAGACAACUCGCUUUGAAGGAAGACGAAUUAAAGGCAAAAAUUGAAAAGGCAGAAAGGCUCGGUCAGAUGGAUCUCGUGGCAGAGCUGCGAUACGAUGCACUUCCUGGACUACAAAAGCGUCUGAUGGAGCUGCGCAAGGAGCAAGAGCAGUAUGAGAAAACCCACAAGCCUUUGUUAACAGAGGUAGUCGGUCCGGAGCAAAUAGCUGACGUCGUGCAUCGCUGGACGAACAUUCCAGUGCAAAAGUUGACACAAACGGAAAAGGAAAGGCUGCUGCGCCUCAAAGAAAAGCUCUCUCAGCGUGUCGUUGGCCAACUUCCAGCUGUAAUCGCUGUAUCGGAAUCCAUCUUGAGAUCAGCUGCCGGUCUCGCCAGACGCAAUAAGCCAAUCGGAAGCUUUCUUUUCUUGGGCCCGACUGGAGUCGGGAAGACAGAGCUUUGCAAAGUUGUGGCUGAAGAGUUAUUCGACACAAAGGAACGGAUUGUGCGGCUUGACAUGUCAGAGUACAUGGAGGCCCAUUCUGUUGCGCGACUCAUUGGGGCGCCGCCGGGCUACGUCGGCCAUGAAGAAGGCGGGCAGCUCACAGAGGCAGUCAGACGCAAUCCCUACUCAGUGGUGCUACUGGAUGAAGUGGAAAAAGCUCACCACCAAGUGUGGAACGUGCUCCUUCAAGUGCUUGACGAGGGGCGCCUCACAGACUCUCAGGGCCGCACCGUUGACUUCUCUAAUUGUUUGCUUAUCCUGACCUCCAACAUUGGUGCCCACCAUCUCCUCGCAGCCGCUGAAAAAAGCUCCCUUGCUGGUUCAGAAGAAGCAGACGCGAUAUUCACGGAAGCUUUUGCAAAAGUGAUGAAGGAAGUCCGUCAGUUGUUCAGACCGGAACUGCUCAAUCGCCUCGAUGACAUUGUUGCAUUCAAGGCGCUGAGCGACAGCGACCUCAAACAGGUAAUGCGGCUUCAAGUUGAGGAAGUUCGGCAACGUCUUCGCGAGAAGCGCAUUGAUUUACAACUGACCGACCGGGCGUUGGAACAUGCUCUAGAAGAAGCGUUCGACCCAGCAUUUGGGGCUCGCCCCCUCAAACGAUAUCUAGAGAAACACAUUGUAUCUGACCUUUCCGUCAUGCUACUCAGCGGGGACUUGGGGCCAGAUCAUGAGGCUAUCGCCGACUGGAGUGAAGAGGAAAACAAGUGGAAGUGGCAUAUCACCCGCCUGCAUGCAGCAGAUGGCGAGGCGCAGAACGAGAUGGAUACAGAUGCUCUGGGAGAGACUGCGCUAGGCCGGUCGAUUUCGCAAAGCAGUCGCACAAGUUCCUAUACGGGGAGGUCCGAAGCAAUGCAUGCGGCGAAUACAAAACGAUUCAGGUAUUAG